AUGGACCUGGCCCGCGAUGUUAUUGAUCAGGAAGGAGACAUGUUUGAGUUUCAUACCACCCGCCUUGUUGCCGCUGUUGUCACUCAAAUAUUCUCAUACAUGCAUGACUUAGGGAUACAGAACGGGUGUAUUCGGACAGGGGAGGCAUUUGUCUUUCUACAUAUUCCAGAGGAUCCCACAAUAGUUCAAUACUAUUUGUGUUUCCCAAAUCAAGACGUGCAGGCAGGCGAUGAGAGCUGUCUCCACCAGACUGCUGUGGGCCAGAUGCUUGCGUUCACACUCCAAGCGCUGGCCGCUGAAGCUCCGUCCCAAGAGUGGUACAAUACCGCACAUGAACAGCUCUCGACCUGGAAAGUCGAAUACUUGGACGUCUUGCGUGAUAUUCCCGAAACAAUUCGCAAGGAGCCACCGCCCUCGAACUAUCGGCCUUCAUACUGGAAGCUGAAUUCAAAGACACAAUACACGUUCCCAUGCUCGCUCGGUCAGAGGCAUCCAAUGGGCCCGCGGGACUUCACGCGCAAGCUGCACGAUCAACUUGUCCAGAAUCGAAAUAAGGGUUUUGAGCUGCUACACAUCCGUGGUCGGACGGGGUAUCUCAUGAAAGCGACUCUAUUGUCUCAUGGGUAUACCGUAGUCAUCAAGGCUACAACAAAGGAGAAUCAGCAUGCCCUUACAACAGAAGUUGACAAUUAUCGCAAGCUCCGAAGCUUGCAAGGAUAUCAGAUCCCGGUCUGUUCAGGCGACUUUGAGCCAAGCAUCGCAUACUGGUACCACGGUCAGGUAAUGGCGCAUAUGAUGAUCCUGAGUUGGUCUGGAACUAGGCUUCAGCGGAUAAUCAAAGAUGAAAAUUUGGAUUUCUUCCACAAAGAGCGAGAGAAAGCUCUGAAGUCCCUCCAGAAGUAUGGUGUUGAACACAGAGACAAAGAAUGGCGUAAUAUGCCGUGGGAUGAACAGACUGUCGUUGACUUGGAGGACAUGGAAUGGCUUAAGCGGCCUCGGCCUUUCCAACCAACAUAUGGCAAUUCAUUGGGUCGUCUUAUCGUCCUGAGAAGAAAAAGUUAA